AUGAGUGUAAUCUAUGAAAUCAUUACUAGAAGUGGUAAACGAGAGGACUUUUCCGAAGACAAUUUAUUGGACUAUUUAAAGUCUCUUUCUACUGGCCUAGAUAACACCUUUAUUAACCUUCCUGAACUUACUAGGAAGGUUGCAGCAGGAGUAGCCCCUGGAAUGACUACAGAAGAGAUAGGAACACUAGCCGCUGAAACUGCAGCAGAUAUGACAACACAUCAUCCUGACUAUGCCCAUUUAGCCGGUCGUAUUGCAGUCAAUCUAAUUCAAAGAAAUGCCCCAGAGACUUUCUCAGCUGCUAUGGCUGAGUUAUUCAUGCACACCAACUCGACUGGUGAACGGGUGCAGAUAGUGACUGAUGAGUUAUACGAAAUUGUUAUGAAAAACAAGGAAAGAUUAGAUAGUGCUAUUGUGCACAGUCGAGAUCUAGAUUUCUCUUACUUUGGUAUCAAAACAUUAGAAAGAUCUUAUCUUUUACGGGCCAAUCGUAAAGUUGUGGAAACACCCCAAUAUCUUUGGAUGCGGGUUAGUAUUGGUAUUCAUGGGGCUGAUAUAGAUGCAGCCAUUGAAACUUAUACACUUAUGUCUACUAAGCAUUUUAUUCAUGCUACACCUACUCUCUUCAAUAGUGGUACUAUUUCUUCCCAAUUAUCUAGUUGUUUCUUACUAGCUAUGAAAGGCGAUUCAAUUGAUGGUAUAUUUAGUAGUUUAAAGGACUGUGCUAUGAUUUCUAAGCAAGCAGGUGGGAUUGGUAUCAAUAUUCAUAACAUUCGAGCGACUAAUUCCUAUAUCAAAGGAACUUUUGGGUACUCCAAUGGAAUUGUACCCAUGCUAAGAGUCUUUGAUGCCACGUCUAAGUACGUAGACCAGGGCGGGAAUAAGCGGCCCGGGUCAAUUGUAGUCUAUUUAGAACCCUGGCAUGCAGAUGUCUUUGAGUUUAUUGAACUAAGAAAGAAUACGGGUAAGGAUGAAAUGCGAGCUAGAAACCUCUUUUUAGCCCUUUGGAUUCCUGAUCUGUUCAUGCGCCGAGUGGAAGAGGAUGGUAUGUGGUCUCUUUUCUGUCCUAAUGAAGUACAGGGCUUACAUGAAGUUUAUGGAGCUGAAUUCGACCGGCGAUAUGAAGCAGCAGAAGCAGCUGGUAAGGCCCGACGUCAAAUUGAAGCGCGUAAAUUAUGGCGAGCCGUUUUAGAAGCCCAAAUUGAAACGGGUGUCCCUUACAUUCUUUAUAAGGACAGUUGUAAUGCCAAGAGUAACCAGAAGAACUUAGGAACAAUUAAGGGUAGUAAUCUUUGUGCUGAGAUUGUUGAGUAUACUAGUUCAGAGGAAACAGCCGUUUGUAACUUAGCUUCAAUCGCUCUACCUACUCAUUUGAAAGAUGGAGUGAUGGACUUUUCUCUUUUGAAGAGUACAGCUAAAACAGCUAUCAAAAACCUUAACAAAAUCAUUGAAGUUAACAACUAUCCUAUUCCCGAAGCUAAAAACUCUAAUUUACGUCAUCGGCCGGUCGGUCUAGGUGUCCAGGGUUUAGCUGAUGUUUAUAUUCGAUUGGGCCUGCCUUUUGAGUCGGAUGCAGCUCGGGCUUUAAAUGUGGAGAUCUUUGAAACGAUUUAUUACGGUGCUUUGGAAGCUUCAGCUGAACUAGCUGCUCGGGAUGGAGCUUAUGCUUCUUUUGCAGGUAGUCCGGCUAGUGAAGGUAUUUUACAGUAUGAUAUGUGGGAUGUUAAACCGACGAAUCGUUGGGACUGGGAAGGACUUAAGAGUAAAAUCAAGAGUACUGGACUUAGAAACAGUUUACUGAUUGCUCUUAUGCCAACGGCUUCUACUUCGCAGAUUCUUGGGUUUAAUGAGUGCUUUGAAGGAGUAACUAGUAAUAUUUACAACCGAAGAACACUUUCGGGUGAAUUCCAGGUGGUUAAUUCGUACUUAGUUAAGGACUUAGCAGAUUUAGGACUUUGGGGACCGGAAAUGCGUAAUCUGAUUGUUGAUCGGGAAGGAUCUAUUCAAGCAAUUCCUAGUAUUCCUGACCAUCUUAAGCAGCUUUACAAGACGGUUUGGGAGAUCAAGCAACGAGCUGUGAUUGAUCAGGCGGCCGAUCGUGGAGCUUUUGUUGACCAAAGUCAGUCCAUGAACAUUCACAUGGCAGCGCCAACCUUCUCACAACUCAAUGGGAUGCAUUUCUAUGGGUGGCGACGUGGACUUAAAACCGGUGUGUACUAUCUUCGCACAAACCCAGCGCAAGCCCCUAUCAAGUUUACAGUUGAUAAAGAAGCCGCACGAGCCUACAUGGAAGGCCAAUCGACCACUCCCGCCACUUGCUCACUCGAUCCCGAUUGCAUGAGCUGUGGCAGUUAA